AUGGGUGUUUCGUAUGUUGCUCUUAUGAUUGGUAUCAUGAUUGGUGCUGCAUUCUUCAUUCCAUUCAUCUACAGACGAUUCACAAAGAAGCUUUUGGUCGGCGAACAAGUGCAACCAGAAGUUUUCCUCCCCAUGACAAUUUUGGGUUCUAUCCUUAUGCCUAUUGGUAUCUUCAUAUUUGGCUGGACUAGUGCUCCAGAUAUCCACUGGAUUGCCCCAAUGAUUGGUACAGCUGUCUUUGCUGCAGGUGCCUUCAUUGUAUUCCAGACUCUCUUCAACUACUUGAGUAUGUCCUUCUGGAGAUACUUGGCAUCUGUGUUUGCCGGUAACGACUUGUUCAGAAGUAUUAUGGCUGGUGCAUUCCCAUUGUUUGGCAGAGCGUUGUUCAUCAACUUGAAGAACGAGAGAUUUAGAGUUGGAUGGGGUUCUACUGUUUUGGCUUGUUUGUGUGUGGUCAUGGUGGCUAUUCCCGUGCUCUUUUACUUGAACGGUCCUAAGUUGAGGGCAAGAUCCAAGUACUCUGGAUUUUAA